AUGCAGCCAGACGAACCUGGUUACUAUGAAGAUGGGAACUUUGGUAUAAGGCUGGAGAAUGUCUUGGUGGUCAAUGAAGGGGAUACAAAGUUCAACUUUGGUGACAAGGGGUACAUAUCAUUUGAGCAUAUAACGUGGGCACCGUAUCAGAGCAAGCUGAUCGACUUGAGUUUAUUGACGCCUGAAGAGAUCGAUUGGCUGAACACAUACCAUUCGAAGUGUAGAGAUAUAUUGGCGCCAUACUUGGAUGAUGCUGAAAUGGCAUGGCUGAAGAAAGCUACUGAACCUGUCCGUGCAUGAGCAAAAAACCGCGGAAAACUCCAUUUGUUAUAUCUAUAAUUCCUUCUCCAUCCUUUAUGAAUUCCAGCCCCAUUUUUUACUUUAUGAUAAAGGGAAAGGAACUUGAUGCUCAAGUGGUUGCAUAAAAGAUUGCUAUUUCACUGUUACCAUGUAAUACAUUGGCUUCAUUUUCUG